AUGGGGUGGUUUUCAUCAUCUGCGGAGAAAACAGCCUCUUCAGCUGCAGGAACCCCAGUUUCAUCUCCAUCUUCCACACCCACAUCCACACCUCAAACGAAAGCUCUCUCCCGCGAUGAAAUCGCUGAACAAGAACUAAAUUCUUUUAUCCGCGAACUCGAAGCCGAAACCCACCCUUCCAGCACAAAAUAUAACCGUGUGCCUCGAGAUCCUCCUCCAGAACCUUCACAUUCCCAAUCCUCCACUCAAACUUCUCCUCAAACUCCUCCUCAAAAUGACACCUCGGAGCCCCUCUCUACCCAACUUCUCCCCACAACCAUGUCAUGCCGCACAGCCUUUGACGCUGCAUUCUAUUGCCAAUCUCUCGGCGGACAAUUCAAUAAUCUAUAUCGAUAUGGUACUGCGCGAGAUUGUAGCGACACAUGGUCGGACUUUUGGUUUUGUAUGAAAACGAGAACAUAUGGCGAUAAUGAGAAGGCCAAACUGAUUAAAGCACGAUGGAUGGAGAAGGAGAAGAGAAAGUAUGGGGAUCCGGAGGAUAAGAAUAAGGAAUUGGGAAAGAGUAGUGAGGAUGUGUGGAAGGGAAGGGAGCAGAGGUUAGAAUGGGGCGAAGCAUUUUGUGUGAAAGAGCCGAAAUGGACAGGGAGUGACGACGAGUGGAGGAAGAUGGAAAAAGAGCACAGGGAGGCGCGAAAAACUAAUCUGUGA